CCCUGGCAUGGGGUCGGAGGAGGACGAUCGAGGGUCUCCUUUUUCUCCUUCUACGUCGGCGUCGAGGCCGCGUCUCGUCAUCAAAGAAAUGGUGCUUCGCAACUUCAAGUCUUACGCCGGGGAGCAGCGGAUCGGCCCUUUCCACAAGAGCUUCUCGGCGGUCGUUGGCCCAAAUGGGAGUGGGAAAAGCAACGUCAUAGACGCGAUGCUUUUUGUUUUCGGGAAGCGGGCGAAACAGAUGCGACUAAAUAAAGUGUCCGAGUUGAUACAUAAUUCAAGCAACCACCAGAACUUGGAAAGUGCUGGAGUUUCAGUUCGCUUUCAAGAAAUCAUCGACUUGGAUGAUGGAACCUACAAGGCUGUUGAAGGCAGUGACUUUGUCAUCAGCAGAGUUGCAUUUCGAGAUAACUCCUCAAAGUAUUAUAUUAAUGAUCGUGGAAGCAAUUUUACUGAGGUCACCAAGAAGCUGAAGGGAAAAGGAGUGGACUUGGACAAUAACCGUUUUUUGAUCCUUCAGGGUGAAGUUGAGCAGAUCUCACUUAUGAAACCAAAGACCCAAGGGCUUCAUGAUGAAGGAUUCUUAGAGUAUCUUGAGGAUAUCAUUGGAACAAAUCAAUAUGUGGAAAAGAUUGAAGAAGCCUACAAACAGCUUGAGUGUCUUAAUGAAAAACGUUCAUCAGCAGUACAAAUGCUAAAACUAGCCGAGAAGGAAAGAGACAAUUUGGAGAAUGUUAAAAAUGAAGCAGAGGCUUAUAUGUUGAAGGAAUUGUCACUUCUAAAAUGGCAAGAGAAGGCAACUAAACUUGCCUCUGAUGAUGCUGCUUCCCAUGUUAUAAAGUUGCAGGAGAAAGUGUCAAAUUUGGAAGAAAAUCUUAUGACUGAGAGGGAGAAGAUUCAGCAGAAUUCUACAACUUUGAAAGAAUUAGAGGCUGUGUACAACAAAUAUUUGAAAAGACAAGAGGAACUUGAUACUGACAUGAGGACUUGUAAAGAGCAAUUUAAGGAGUUUGAGAGACAUGAUGUAAAAUAUCGAGAAGAUUUUAAGCACAUGAAGCAAAAAAUAAAAAAACUGGAGGAUAAACUUGUAAAGGAUUCUGCAAAAAUUGAUGAUCUUGUAACUGAUAAUGAAAAAUCGUCAAGCCUCAUCCCAAAACUUGAGGAAGAGAUACCUAGACUGCAACAGCUCCUACUUGAAGAAGAAAAGAUUUUAGAAGAAAUUAAAACAAGCUCUCGAGAUGAAACUGAGAAGUAUCGUUCUGAGCUCACUGAGGUCCGUGCAGAACUGGAACCUUGGGAAAGCCAACUAAUUAAGCAUAAAGGAGCGCUAGAUGUGGCAUGUGCUGAAAGCAAGCUUUUGAGAGAAAAGCAUGAUGCUGCUCGAAAAGCAGUUGAGGACGCACAGCAUCAGAUUGAUGAGAUAUUGGAGAAGAUAAAAAAUAAAAAGCAAUAUAUUGCUGAGAUUGAGAUUAAAAUAGAGAAAAUGACGGUUGAAGCAUUGGAAGCUCAUAAGUUGGAACAGGAAUGCAUAAAAGAACAGGAAUCUCUUAUUAGUCUUGAACAAGCAGCCAGGCAGAAAGUUACAGAAGUUUUAUCUGUUCUGGAAUCAGAAAAGAACCGUGGUUCUGUCCUAAAAGCAAUACUGCAAGCUAAAGAGUCAAAAGAAAUAGAAGGAAUUUAUGGCCGAUUGGGUGAUUUAGGUGCAAUCGAUGCAAAGUAUGAUAUUGCUGUGUCCACAGCAUGUCCUGGUCUUGAUUAUAUUGUGGUUGAGACUACUGCUGCAGCACAAGCAUGCGUUGAGUUGCUUCGCAGGAAGAAUCUUGGUGUUGCAACUUUCAUGAUUUUGGAAAGGCAAGUAGAACAUCUUCGUAGGCUGAAGGACAAAGUUAAAACCCCUGAAAGUGUUCCACGCCUUUUUGAUCUUGUUACUGUAAAAGAUGAGAAGUUAAAAUUAGCCUUUUUUGCUGCGCUUGGAAACACUGUUGUGGCAGAAGACCUCGAUCAGGCUACUAGGAUCGCAUAUGGAAGGGAUCAAGAAUUCCGGUGUGUGGUCACACUGGAGGGUGCACUAUUUGAGAAGUCUGGUACGAUGAGUGGUGGUGGCAGCAGGCCUUUAGGUGGGAAGAUGGGAACAUCUAUUCGGGAAAGUAUUUCAGGAGACGAUGCUGCCAAUGCUGAGGAGGAACUUUCGCAACUGGUUGGUCAACUCAACAGUUUACGCCAAAGAAUUUCUGACUGUGUGAAACAGUAUCGGGGUUGUGAAAAGGCUGAAGCCCAUCUUGAAAUGGAACUAGCAAAAACUAACAAGGAGGUCGACAGUUUGAAUGAACAUCAUAGAUAUGUAAUAAAACAGCUCGAGUCGCUGAAGGUUGCAUCAAUGCCAAAGAAGGAUGAAUUGAACCGUCUGAAAGAGCUAGCUGAUGUUAUAUCUGCCGAGCAAAGUGAACUAGAGAAGCUUGUUCAAUGCUCUAGUACACUUAAAGAAAGAGCUGCCAUUCUGCAGAAGAAAAUUGAAAAUGCAGGUGGUGAACUGUUGAAAAAUCAAAAGUCAAAAGUUGCAAGAAUCCAAGCAGAUAUUGAUAAAGCUUCGACUGAUAUCAACCGGCACAAAGUUAACAUAGCUACAGGCCAGAAAAUGGUUGAGAAGUUGACCAAGGGGAUUGAGGAGACAAAGAAAGAGAAAGAAAAACUUAUGCAGGAGAAGGAGAAUAUGCUAACUGUUUUCAAAGAGAUAGAACAAAAGGCAUUUUCAGUCCAAGAAAACUAUAAAAAAACUCAAGAGCUCAUUGACAAACAUAAGUUUGUUCUUGAUGAAACGAAAGCAGAAUACAACAAACUAAAAGCGACCAUGGAUGAGCUACGAGCUGCGGAGGUUGAUGCUGAGUAUAAAUUGCAAGAUGCGAGGAAGCUCAAAAAGGAAUGGGAAAUGAAGGUAAAAGCAUCAGGGAAAAGACUUGAUGAUAUACAGAUAGAACUUGUUAAACACAUGGAUCUAAUAAAGAAAGAUGCAGUUGAUACUGAAAAAGUUCAGGCAACAUUAUCUGAUGGGUCACUGCAAAAUGCUUGUGAUAUAAAAAGAGCAAUGGAAAUGGUGACCUUGCUAGAAGCUCAGCUAAAGGAUAUGAAUCCCAACCUGGAUUCCAUAUCAGAAUAUCGUAAAAAGGUUCACUUGUAUAAUGAACGGGUGGAAGAGCUUAAUGCUUCAACGCAAGAACGAGAUGAGAUGAGAAAGCAUUAUGAUGGAUUGAAAAAACGAAGGUUAGAUGAGUUCAUGGCAGGAUUCAACAUAAUAUCACUGAAGUUGAAGGAGAUGUAUCAGAUGAUCACUCUUGGAGGCGAUGCAGAACUUGAACUAGUUGAUUCGCUGGAUCCUUUUUCAGAAGGUGUGGUUUUCAGCGUAAGACCCCCAAAGAAGAGCUGGAAGAAUAUUGCUAACUUGUCAGGUGGUGAAAAGACACUUAGCUCGUUGGCUCUCAUUUUUGCCCUCCAUCAUUACAAACCGACGCCACUUUAUGUUAUGGAUGAAAUUGAUGCAGCGCUAGACUUCAAGAACGUUUCAAUUGUGGGACACUAUGUGAAGGACCGGACUAGAGAUGCCCAGUUUAUUAUCAUUAGCCUGCGAAAUAACAUGUUUGAACUAGCUGAUCGACUUGUUGGCAUUUACAAGACCGAUAAUUGCACAAAAAGCAUUACCAUCAAUCCUGGGAGUUUUGCAUACUGUGGAAAGGCUGAUUAAGUUGAUGUUCUACCGGAUUCUAGCCAACUGUUGCCACCAUAUGUAAAUCCUUGAAGCAUGAAAGAAUACAGCAUGGAGAAAGUUUGUGUUGUGUUAGUUGUGUAUAAUAUGUUAGGCACUAUAAUUUUCUCAUCAAUUGAUAGAUUGAUCUAGGGGUCGACUGUGUUAGCUUUGGUGAAAAGAAUGAACAGUAGCCUUGAUAAUCUUAUACAGGAAAUGAUGUGUCUGAUCAACAUCAUCUGAAAUAUUUGCUUGUAACUUUUGUUCCUGUAUUAUUGGUUGUAUGUUAUAAUGCUAAUGUUUUGGUUUUAGCA